AUGCCUCUGAUCGAAGAACUCCCCGUGACUUCAACCCACAACCGCCCAUCUCACGGCUGGACCUACGUUCCCGACACGGGCGCCCCCAACCCGAUCCCCUCUGCACCACUCUUACUCGGCUCGCGCAAACGCGGCCGCGAUGGAACAACCACACACGCGUCAACUGCGCAGUCGCAGGCCGCGGCGCACAAAUUGUCCGCGAAACAGGAGAAAGCCAUCCAACAGCGCCUGAACGAUCUGGGCAAAGAAAACUACCGCGACGUCCACAUCCCCGUGCCGAAGAGAGAUGGAGUGGCGGCUGGGAAAGGCAGAGAGCGGGAAAAGGAAAAAGAUCGAAAACCGUCGCAGAACGUUCGCCGGAUUCUGGCGUAUAGUCGCACGUUUCAGCAUUAUCUGGCCGACGAGGAGGCUGGGGUCAAUGUCUAUGGGAGUGCUGGGAUCGUGAGUGGCGUCGUGGGAGGAGUGUCGAAUACGGGCGCAGCUAGCGGUGGGCAUGCACAAGGACAGCAACAGCAGAAACCGGCAGAUUCGAAAAGAGUACGAGGAGGGGCGAUGGUCGAUAAGGAGCAGGAGAAGAUGACCACUGCAGCAGGGCGGCGAAAUGGGUCGUUGAAACAGAAACAGACAGUUUCAACGCCGACAAUGACAACGACAUCUACGAAUACAACUACAAGGACGACCAAGACCAGGAAAGGUGGAGCUAUUGAAUCCGACACGUCUGUUAAAACUGAGAGUCGGGCUGUCAUGGGAGAUACGGAUGUCGAUAUGGCUGAUGCCCCUGAUAUUCCUUUGGUGUCGGUGUCAGCGGAAACAGGAACAAGUGCACAACAAACGCAAAUCCAACAGUCUCCGUUGCCAUCGACGUCGACUGAUCCGAAUCAACUAUCGCAAUCGCAAUCGCAAUCGAACCAGAUACCAGAAGACUCUGUCGUUAGUUACGAUCCAGCACUGGACCGCGACCCUCUUCUCCGCACGCGCGACCUGCCCAAAAUGCCCUCGGAGCGCGUGAUGCAGGCGCUCCUCGCCGAGCCGCCACUCAGCUAUACGGCAGCACGGGCGAAGCCGCUUGGAGGGGCCGUUGAUGGGAUGUCGGUGUCGACACGCGCAGGUGGUGUUAGUGGUGGUGGUGGUUCGUCCAGUCUACUCCGACCUCAGCGCUGGUUUUGCACUAUUUGCGGAUACUGGGGUAAAGUGCGGUGCAAAAAUGGCUGUGGUGAGAGGGUGUGUGGCUUGCUCGAGUGUUGGAGGGGACAUGAGGGCGUUUGUUCUCUGGGUGCGUAUUGA